AUGCGCCGCUCUACCUCAUCUACCUCCACUGUUGCUACUCUAGAGGUUCGUGUAGUUGAGCUAGAAAGAGAGGUUGCAUCGCUUCGCCAAGCUUUGCGAGCCGUGGAAGCCCGCCUUUCCUCAGCUGAAUCAAUUGCCGGAUUUGAGUUAGUUGACGAGCCUCCGUCACCCGCCGCUGACCAGGCAACUUCGGCGACUUCGGGCCGCCCUGCUCCACGUGAUCAAGGUGGUGCUCAGGCUGUUCGUUUUGCCAAGCUGCUUGGCAUCGGGAAUUGGCUGCGCAAUUCGCUUGCUGGCCAGCGCAGAGGCAAGUCUGGGAGGGCUGAGUUGAAAGAGAGAUCUGAGGUGUAUUUAGUAGCUCGAUCUGCUAGGGGCACCGUUUUUGAUCCAGUGCGCAUUUACACAUCCUGGUCAGAAGCUGAGAAGGUUGUGCGAGACCAAGGAGGAUUCAAGCAGAGCCUGUUUGUGGGCUUACCCACUUGGGAGGACGCUGUUUGCUGUGCUGAGGAAGCCGGAUUGACCGAGCUCAGGUCGGCCUUGGUGAAUCAAGAGAAUUUCACUGCUGAUCCAGAAUACUCUUUAGGACUUUUCACAGUGCCACCUAGUACUGAAGUUGAAGAGUCAAAGUUUUGUAUUAUUUUGAUUUCGGAGGUGGACUCCAAAUUUUUGGUUGCUGUUCCUGGUGCCGCCUGGCACCGUACUGUUGCUCAACGUUUGUUGCCGCCAAAGAGCCUGAUCAAACCACUCAGUGUUGCUGUUGCUGCCUGCACUUUCGAAGAUCGGAUUACCAGCCUGGAAGGGGUGUUUACUCGCUGCUGGGUUGGCUAUCUGUCCCCUACCUUUGAAGCAUGUGUCUCCAUCUUGCAAGAUCUAGACGGGGGAGAGGCGGUGGGAUUUUGGACCGAAGACGAAAGCCUCCAAGUUCUACCCUUCGCAGACGGACUUGUGUCAGUUGCCGACGACAAGUUCUCCUUCCUCACUGCCGAAUCAGCCCAUCAUCCUGCAGAAGGAGACGAAUCUCAUGGAAAGCGAUUGGCAGCUUUGGAGGCCAGUCUCGAAGGCAUUCAAGAGAGCCUCCGGGUUAUCAUCGAUGGUCAACCUUUGUCUUCCAGAAGCCAGGCUGCUUCAGAUGUGAAAGCUGCCGCAAAGACGCCUGUGGCUCCUCCGGCCUAUCCUGGGCUGGAUCCGAGCGUAGUCCAUUCAGCAUUGGCCAGCGGGGUGACUCCAGAUGCCCUUCGGGCUAUGAGUCAGAUGGUUCAAAAGACUCCAAGCAAGUUGGGCGAUUUUCCGAAGAAGAACGUGGCUGCUCAUCUGGAUGUGUUAGGAGAGACAGACGGAGAAGAGAAAGAAGAGCCUCCAGGGCUAUCAGCCUCUGGAGAUCCUGUUCAAGCUCUGCCUGCCGAUCCAGUGGCUGCAGCUCUGGUGCGACUGACCAGCAUAGCCGAAGCUCUUGCUGGAAAGAAGAAAGCCAAGAAUCUGGAGGAGAUGUUGGACGAUACUGCUGGCUACGAAGUGGGAGCCAGUUCCAGUUCCGGUUUGGGGACUCACAGGAGACAAGCUGCCAUCCUGACAGCGCUGAAGAAGAGCUUGGUCGAGCAGCCUGGAGAGCUCUACCAGGUGAUCGAAAAGAAGAUGCUCGAAGACUUUGGGUCUCGCGAGCUCAUGCCCGGGGAGCCUCCACGUCAGGGCAGCUUCCGGGGUUGGCUGGAGCAUCGCAGCCACAUUCCCAACAUAGCGGCCACGGUGAGAAUUUUGUGGUGCGUUGCUGGGGCGCUGGAUGCCAUACGCUGUGGGAAGGUCCAAGAGGGGCAGACUCGCCUCGCUCUUCUGUUGGCGAUGUUGGAUCAAGUAGCUUGCGACAGGGGGCAGUGGUUGAUUGCCUCGGAGCUAGCUCUAGAAGCGCCUCCACCUUUUUCUUCCUUUGCUCGACAUGCAGCUCCCGAUUUCCAAGAAGCUCCUCACACAAAGUUGCUCGACAGCCGCUGGGUAGAUGCAGUGAUGUAUCGCGUGAAGGAGCUGGACGAGUAUGCCGAGCGGAAAGCGAAACUGGGCAAGUCGCGAAAAGGAGGUGGUGGCAACCAAGAGGAUGUCGAGGCAGACCCCAAGCCGAAGAAGAAGGCAGGAAAAGGGAAAGAUGGGAAAGGCAACAAGACGGAGCAGCAGCCCGACCCAGCUCGAGCCAGCAGCAACAGUCUCAGCAAUCCGUGCCGAGAGAGUACGGUUAGCAUUUUCCCCAUGCCUCUGCCGUAUCAGAGCUGUUUCCGUGCCGAAUCUCUAGGUGAUGUUUCUCCUGGUGAACGAAGUUUUCAGAGAGGGUUGUGUUUGGCUAUCCUAGUUCUGAAUUGGCUUCAUUUACGUAGAGCAGCAGUAGCACCACCUGAGAUUUGUUUUGGGCAGAAACUUAGCAGCUUGCAGUGGAAGGCUGUUCGGCAGAUGGAGCGGACGAUGCUGGCUUGGAAAAAUGCACCGGAGGUGACAGCUGCAGACAUGGGAAGGACGGCGUCCAAAGUUGAAGAUAUUGAAGUUGUUUUGAAUCAACUUGGUUCUUUUGAAAGUGUUGCUACUGAUAUUUUGUUUGGUACUAAUGUCGAGGGAAAACCUAGCAACAUGAGUAACAGUCGAAGAAGGAAACAAGGCUUUGCUCCAGGGUUGCAGCGUGUGCCCAUCGGGGAGUGGAUAGGCAGUUCUCGAACCACAAGCACUGUUGCAGCUAAACCGAUACAGAGCGAUCGACUUGAAUUUCCAGACAAACCUUCUUUCAGUCCAUCGCCGUAUUUGGAUGAGCGAAGCCGGUCUAUUUUUGAGCACCCUAUUCAGAAUGCUUUGGCUCCAGAGGAAGCAAUUGUGGAACCACCACCAGUCAAGAUACAUGCAAGCAACACAGAGAGAGACAAGCUCUUCCGCAAGUUGGAUGCAUGUGGUCGUUUGGGCAUGGUUGAUGAAGCAGAAGUUUUGACAGGUUACCAAGCAGGACUGUUUAGCGUUAUCAAGAACCUGAAAGCAGACCGUCUUAUUUUUGAUUCAAGACCUUUCAAUACUCUAGAACAGCCUCUGGGUAGAUGGGUCAAAGCCAUGGCCUCGACCAACCCACUGUUAGACCUUCAAUUGCGUGAAGACGAGGUUUGCCUCGUGAGCUCUACGGACUUAAGGGAUUUUUACUAUAGCUUCCAUAUUUCUUCAGAACGUCUGGUGCGGAACAGUUUGGUUAAUUCUGUUUGGGCUGAUGACUAUGCUGAUUUCAAAUGCUAUGAUCCCAAAGUUCAUCAAGGGCGUCGGGUCUUUUUUAGUCUGAAUACCCUGGCUAUGGGGGAUGCACAAGCGGUCGAAAUUGCACAGACCGCACACCUGUGCAUCCUCGUUCAAUCUGGACUUAUCAACAAAAAUAAUCUGGUGAGUAUGGAUUUGGCAAUACCCAGGGAGAAAAGCUUUGCAGGAAUCGUCAUAGACGAUCUGGUGGUGUUUGAAGUUAUGCUGAAAAGUGUUUUCCAUCAAUCCCCAGUGACCUCUCGUGCAGGCAGAGCCUUCCUGGAAGAAGCGCUUGGCGAGUACAAGCGAGUUGGAUUGCUGCCGCACCCGGACAAGACCUUUUUCGAACAGGCUGACAGUGAGUUUUGGGGCUGCCAAUUCGAUGGAUUGCACGGACUAUGCAUGGCAAACCUCAAGCGAAGCAUUCCUGUGAUUGCGGUCACAGCCCGUGUUUUGAAGAUGGGAGUCUGCAGCAUAAGCCUUUUGGAGAUCCUCACAGGAGUCCUUUCUCCGGCCGAAGAACUACCAGAAGGACAGAUGCUUGCCAGCCAUCCCUUGUGGAUUGUACUAGCCUCAGCCUUGCGAUACAAGGAGGUUUGUCGAAAAGCUAUGCCUCCCGGUCGGCAUAUCAAUAUUCUGGAGAUGCGUGGGAUGUUAAAAGCCGAAGCAGAAGCGGCGAAGACUCACUUUCCUGCACGUGUUUUCAGCUUAGCCGACUCUCAGGUCGCUCUUGGGGCUUGGGUGAAAGGAAGGUCUAGUUCUUUUGGCCUCAACCAGGAGCUCCAGCAGAGCCUUGGGAUCCACUUAGGAUGCGGCAUGUACAGCAACUGCGGAUACGUGCCGUCAGAGAUCAACACGGCAGACGAUCCGACUAGAGGACAGCGUGUCCGAAGCCCUGAAGCUGCUCUACCUGAUGUUUUUCAUUCAGCUGCCCAAGGAGACAUUUCAGCCUUUGACCAGUGGCUGGAAUCUUACAAUGCUGACACCUACGCCACCUCAGGGCUUCCAGAUCUUCAAGAGCUACAAGGAGCUCCUUGCGGCUUGUCUGAAGACCUUGCUGAGCUCCCAGAAGUGCCAGAACCUAUGAGGCUGCGAGCCCCUGCUGAUCCAGGUGAGUCAGUCGGAAGUGGACCUUGCGUGCCUAGUUCUUCGAGCUCAGUGCAGGGUGGAUUGUCUCCCACUACUGCAGUACGGGGUCCGGAGGUACCACUUCCGAGUGACUCAUCUUUGGGUCCGGGCGCAGUGCAAGCGUCGACAAAGGAAAAGCGUGGCAUUCUUCAUGAAGUUCCCCUUGAGCAGUUUGUUUUGCCUGCGCAUCUGCGAGGCAAAAUGGAUGAGGACUGGCGGCCCAGCACUCCAGGUUUUCUGGAUCUUUACUCUGGGAAGAAAGGUGUAGCUAAAGCCCUCGUAUCCUUGACAGACACCUGGGUCAUCACCUUCGAACUGGAGGAUGGACCGAAUCAAGACGUGCUGAGCGAGCAGAACAAAAGCCUCAUUGAGAGGCUCCUCCGAAGCGGCUUCAUUCUCGGGCUGGGAGCUGCGAUUUUCUGCUCCUCCUUUUCUCGAGCAGUCAGACCACCCGUAAGGAGUGCCUCCUUGCCUUACGGAUUGCCCAACCUCAGUCGGAAGAUGGAGGAAAAAGUAAAACUGGGCAACCGUCAUGCCCAGUGGCUUGCCCACCUACUUCAAGUGUGCAUAGAACUCAAGAUACACUUUUGGGUUGAAAAUCCUGACGGUAGCUUUCUCUGGUACCUGGACGAGUUCGUCGAGCUGGGCGCUAGGACAGCUUCCCAAGUGUUCCGUUUGGACUACUGCACGCUGGGGACCAAGUGGCGCAAGCGCUCUCGUUUUUUGACGAGCACUCAUCUGCGAGGACAGAAGUUUUGGUGCAGUCGUGAUCAUACCCACCUUCGCUUGUCUGGGUGGUCGAAAGUGCAUGGCAGAAGCUGGACUCGGGUAGCGCAGACCUAUCCGAAGAGGCUGUGCUUCUAUUUGGCCAAAGCUAUGCUCAUCGACUGCGGAUUGCUUCCUGAUCGCAGACAAAUUGACUUCAGCCUGAUCUCGCGUUGCGACCACAGCAGGAUUGGUGAAGCUCAGCAUCCAGGACCUCGACAGAAGCCCACAACAGCUCGAGCCAAUGUGGACUUAGCUGAUGUGAAACUUGUAACUGCUGCUACAGACCGUUUGGGUCGUAACAUCUGGGAUGGUUUUCUCCGUUGGCUUAGUGGUAAAGUUGGAAAUGUUUUUGCGGAAGAACUAGUACUUUGCCCUUCUACCCUGGAUCUUCUUUUAGCAGAAUUUGGGCGACACCUCUUCCAAAACGGUCAGAGUCUUUACAUGAUGAGACAGCUGGUAACCUUUGCCCAGCGUACAGAUCCCCGUUUGCGAAGCCAAUUGAAUUGUGAAGCUUUAGGUGCUUUGCGAGAAGAUGUACUGCUGCCUUCGGAUUUGUUGUCUGAACAGAUGGAUCGAGCGUACUUGCGGAUCAAGAAGCCGAAGUCCAGACUCCGAGGCCUCGGUUUAGUUCAGCAUGCCACGAUUUCGCAUCCUUUAGCAGUCAAGUUUCUGGAGCGAGUUCUGAAACAGCUACCUUUGAAGCAGAGAGUUUACCCAGGUUCUCCAGUCACGUUCCGUCGAAGAUGGGACUUGUUGCUGCAGUGGAAAGGGCCUGAUCCAUUCUCUUUUGAUUGUAGCGCUUUUGAUGCUGCAUCCUUUUUUGUGAGAUUACGCUUGGAUCUUUUUGGCCCCGUGGCUAGUGCAGACAAGCCAGAGCACCUUAGCAAAGAUUACGCUUGGAUCUUUUUGGCCCCGUGGCUAGUGCAGACAAGCCAGAGCACCUUAGCAAAGGCUGGGAACAGGGACAAAAGGUCAGAGCCAGCAAUGAUGAAGAACUCCGAGGUGAAGAACCUGAAGGCUCAACACGAGCCCAAAGAGCCCAAAGAAGGUGCGGCCAAUCCUUCGCUUCCUCAACGGCCUUGCUUCACAGCCAUGGACUUGCUGAAAGAGAUGCAGGGAGUUUUCUACGAGAACAGCCUUGUUUCUCGUGACUUUGACCCAUUCUGGCUGAAACGCGGCCUCGAAGAGAAACUUCUUCAAUGGUUUUCCUAUUUGACGUUGGAGGACGAUGACUUCGACGAAUGGAAUUCCUCGGAGAAGGACAACUCCCGAUCUUCCAUCGGAAGUCAAAGCGGUGGCAAGGGGGCUCUUACCAUUCUUGCCUUGCAGGUGAUUCAUGUUGGCCUGGAAGACGACGAGGAGUUUUGCUUGGUGAAGCGGAUACUGGGUGGUUACAACAUGAAGAAGGUCGUAGCGAACUCGGAUGCGAAGGUGCGGCUACGUGGCCGCGGCAGUGGCUUCCUGGAAGGACGCGAACAGGUUGAGAUGGACGCGCCCCUGCAGCUACACCUGUCUUGCUGGGCGUUCAGCACAUACUGUGCUGCCUUUGUUGACCUCUAUGACCAAAUGAAGCAGCUUCACAAGCACUACCGCCGCUACUGUAGGUCCAAGGGAAUGGUGGCUCGUGAGGACUUAGAGGUGCGCUUCGAGGAGCUGCGUCGCGCGGACCGUGGCCUGGACUUCCGUUCUGAGGCUUCGGCGCCGAACGCACACUUCUCCAGGCUGGAGAUGACAUGA